AUGUCGCUCGCCCCGGACGUCCGGAAGGCGCGCGCCCCGAAUUUGCGGGAGCUGACGAGCUUUCUGAACGCGGAUGGCGUGGUCAAGAGAGGCUUUCUGCUGAUGCACUCGCCGAACCUGAUGUGCAACGCCUUUCAGAACAAGAGCCUGAGCCUGGGACAGGCGAUGCGGCAGCUGUUGAAGAUGUACCAGCUUUCUGAGGAAGCGUUCCCCGCCUCGACAGAUGACGAAGCCGGCGUGAUCACCGUCAUGGUGGAGGAGAUGGCAAACCAUGCGAAGAACUGUGAGGACCCGGAGUUAUUCGACAGCACGAACCUGGAGGUGAGCAAGUUCCAGGGCCUGAACGCCGAUCGUACCGCGAAGAUCGUGCUGAGCCCGUGGCAGAUCUCGACGGAUAAGCGCUUUCUCAUCGGCUUGGACGAUGAGGUGUCGGACUUGUUCUACGAUGUAAGCAUGCAGACGGUGACUGAGACGAGCUUCACGCAGAGAUUGCGGCUUGCUGAGGAAGCUUGA